AUGCUUGCUAUUGCUUCACAAUCACUAGUCACGUGUCAGUGGACAUUCAAAUUCAGUUAUAAAAAACUUCACACACCUCUUUUCUUCCAUAACCACCACCUCAGAACAACAGUCACUUUCCGUCGCAAUGCAACACAAACGGAUCUACCUCUCAGUUCCGCCCUCGCUCACACCCUUGCCAAGGAUGGAAGGCGUGUCCGUGUUAUUGAGAGAGACUUGAGAGAGGUAGACAGAAUUGUUGGUGAACUUCUCCAGCCAGGAGGAUACCUAAAGCUAAUUGAAUUGGGGUUAGAAGACUGCGUGGAGCAAAUCGAUGCCCAAAGGGUGCUAGGAUAUGUUCUUUUCAAGGAUGGGAAAAAAUCUAUGCUGCCUUAUCCUUUGGAAAAGUUUCAUGCUGAUGUGGCUGGUAGGAGCUUUCACAAUGGACGGUUUAUACAAAGGAUCAGAGAAAAAGCUGCUGCUCUCCACAAUGUAAGAAUGGAGCAAGGCACUGUAACAUCUCUUCUUGAACAAGAUAAUAAAACUGUUAUUGGGGUUCAGUACAAAACUAAAGAUGGCCAAGAGCUUAAAGCAUAUGCUCCCUUCACAAUUGUUUGUGAUGGCUGCUUCUCAAAUCUGCGUCACUCUCUCUGCCACCCCAAGGUAGAUGUAUGCUCUUGUUUCGUGGGUUUAGUCCUGGAGAAUUGUCAUCUCCCAUUUGAAAAUCAUGGGCAUGUGAUUCUGGCUGAUCCUUCCCCCAUCUUACUUUAUCGUAUUAGCAGCACUGAGGUUCGUUGCUUAGUUGAUAUACCUGGUCAAAAACUUCCUCCUCUUGGUAAUGGCAGAAUGGCCAAUUACCUGAAGACUGUGGUGGCUCCCCAGAUUCUGCCUGAGCUUCAUGAUGCUUUCAUAUCUGCAAUUAAUAGAGGAAAUAUUAGAACCAUGCCUAACGGUAGCAUGCCAGCUGAUCCCUAUCCUACUCCUGGAGCUCUGUUAAUGGGUGAUGCUUUCAACAUGCGUCAUCCAUUGACUGGUGGAGGAAUGACAGUGGCACUGUCUGAUAUUGUUGUGUUGCGGGGUCUUCUUAAGCCCCUUCAUGACUUGGAUGAUGCAACUUCACUUUGCAGAUAUCUAGAAUCCUUUUACAUCUUACGCAAGCCUAUGGCAUCCACCGUAAAUAUUUUGGCAGGUGCCCUAUAUAAGGUUUUUUCUGCUUCACCUGAUGACGCCAGAAAGGAACUGCACCAAGCAUGUUUUGACUACCUGAGCCUCGGAAAUAAUUUUUCAAGGGGACCCAUUGCUUUACUCUCUGGUCUAAAUCCUUGCCCUCUGAGUUUAGUAUUCCAUUUUUUCGCUGUUGCAUUCUACGGAGUUGGUCGCUUGCUCUUACCAUUUCCCUCAUUUAAACGCAUGUGGAUUGGUGCUAGAUUAAUUUUGUGUGCAUCAGGCAUAAUAUUUCCCAUCAUCAAGGCUGAAGGAAUAAGGCAAAUGUUCUUCCCCGCAACCAUUCCAUCUUUUUAUAGAGCUCCUUCAGAUAGGUGA